UCCCGCGUAGUCCCUUCCCGGCCUUGGCGGGAACAGUUCGAAAAUCGUGUCCUUAUGAAGAAAUUUAAAUUUACAAAUCCUUUUUGUGUGUCCCUCGCCUUUACUUGUUAUUGGGAUAAUAAUUUCUACAGAAUACUUGAGCUGUUGACUCGAGAAUGAAACGCGAUGAGUCGUUAAAGAGCGUCACAAAGUUCCAGGCGCAGCGGCGUCUCAGCGAGCAGCGGCCGGCGUACUCGCUCGGUUGGCGGUCCAACUCGCUUACUAUACAGACGCUCGCGCAGCACUCCGCUUAUUUAGCUGAAAAAGCGCUUAACAAACAAGCUGAAGAAGACAAACUCACUGCGAUCCCCGUAUCUUGGUUCCGGCUAUAUAGAUUCGCGCAACUAUGGGAGAUCGGGUUGCUGGUGUUGGGCGUGAUUCUAGCGUCCCUGAACGGUCUGUUCGUGCCGAUCGGUGUUAUAAUCUACGGCGAGUUCACCGCACUCCUCAUCGACAGAACCGUCAUGAUCGGCAGCUCGUGUCCUACGCUCACCAUCGCGUGGUUCGGCGGCGGCAGGAUACUAACGAACGCAAGCCGCGCAGAGAACAGAGCAGCGCUGAUUGAAGAUUCGCAGGCGUUCGGCAUAGGAUGCACCGUGUUUUCGGUGGCGCAGUUUAUAGUAGGCGCCAUCAGCGUGGACUUAUUCAACUACACCGCGCUCAAACAGAUCGAGAGAGUGAAGACCCACUUCCUUCGCUCGGUGCUGCGUCAGGACAUCACGUGGUACGACCUCAACACUUCCAUGAACUUUGCCACGAAGGUCUCCGACGACCUGGAGAAAUUCCGCGAAGGCAUCGGUGAGAAGGUGCCGAUGCUGAUAUAUCUUGUGAUGUCGUUCGUGACCGCCGUGCUGAUCUCCUUCGUGUACGGCUGGGAACUCACGCUGGUCAUCCUCUCCUGCACUCCAGUCAUUAUCGCCACCACUGCUAUUGUUGCUAGAGUACAAUCAUCUCUAACGACGCAAGAAUUAAAAGCAUACAGCAUCGCCGGCGUGGUGGCUGAGGAAGUAUUAGCGGCUAUACGGACUGUGGUAGCUUUUGGUGGUGAAGAGAAAGAAAUAAAGAGGUACACAGUCCGCCUAGACCCGGCAAAGAAGAUGGGCACAAGAAAGGGCGUGUUCUCAGGUCUCGGCAGCGCUGUGAUGUGGCUCAUCAUAUAUGCAACGUACGCGCUCGCCUUCUGGUAUGGCGUGGGGCUGAUCCUUGAGAGUCGGCAUGAGACUUCACCUAUAUACACGCCAGCUGUGCUGAUGAUUAUAUUCUUUAGCGUACUUCAAGGUGCUCAGAAUGUGGGUCUAACUGCUCCGCACAUGGAGGCUAUUGCCAACGCACGGGCCUCUGGUGCGGCCAUCUUCGCCGUGAUAGACAGGAGCCCGGCCAUAGACAGCCUCUCCACGGAGGGCAGCAAACCUGAACUCAAUGGCGAUUUGGAGCUUAAAGAUGUCUUCUUUAGGUACCCGGCUAGAGAGGAUGUUCAGGUUCUACACGGAAUAAACUUGAAAAUCAACCAGAAUGAGACAGUAGCUCUGGUAGGGCCGAGUGGCUGCGGCAAGUCCACUGUACUCCAACUGCUGCAAAGACUCUACGACCCAGAGCAAGGCACCGUGAAGGCAAGCGGCCACGACCUGAGGGCCAUGAAUGUACGGCAUCUGAGAAAUCAUAUUGCUGUUGUCGGACAAGAACCUGUUCUUUUCGCUGGGAGUAUCAAAGAUAACAUACGCAUGAGUAACCCGUCGUGUACAGAUGAAGAGAUCAUAGUCGCCGCGAAACAAGCCUAUUGCCACGACUUCAUCAAGAAGUUGCCUGAAGGCUACGAUACAAUGAUAGGCGAGCGAGGGGCUCAACUAUCAGGGGGUCAGAAGCAGAGGAUCGCCAUCGCGCGUGCGCUGGUGCGGAGGCCGAAGAUCCUGCUGCUGGACGAGGCGACGUCGGCGCUGGACUCGCACAGCGAGGCGAAGGUGCAGCGCGCGCUCGACGCCGCCGCGCACGGACGCACCACCAUCAUGGUCAGCCACAGAUUAGCAACAGUGCUGAACGCAAGCCGCAUAAUAUUCAUAGACAAAGGAGAAGUGAUAGAAGAGGGCACUCACGACGAACUACUGGCCCUCAAAGGACGAUACUAUCACUUAGUACUUGAGAACGAACCCAGCAUGGCGGGGAAUAUGUCAUCCACUAGCGAUCUGGGCAAACGCACCAAAUUUCGCACACCCAAGCUAAAAAAACUAGCAUCAGUGGACUCAAUGAAGAGCACCAGCUCGCUGGAGUCCUCAGGGUCGGAAGACAGUCUGGUAUUGGAGGAGAAGAAGGAGCAAGUGUUCAAACCGACCACGUGGCAGAUUAUGAAAAUGUGCGAGCCAGAAAAGUGGCUGAUGGUCAUCGGGGUUCUGGCGGCCAUUGCUGUUGGGUCCUCGUUCCCUAUGUUCGCGGUGCUGUUUGGUGAGACAUAUGGUCUACUAGAGAGUACAGACGACGACUGGAUCCGCAGCGAGACGAAUGUCAUCGCAAUUCUUUUCCUUCUCGUGGGCAUACUGACCGGCGUCGGCAUAUUCUUCCAAAUCUUCAUCUUCAAUCUGACUGGAGUGCGGCUUACUGCUAGACUCAGGGUGGCUGCAUUCCGGUCCAUGUUAGCACAAGAGAUAGGCUGGUUUGACGAUCCCAAGAACGGCGUAGGAGCACUGUGCGCCAGGCUGGCGGCAGAUGCAGCUGCGGUGCAAGGCGCAACAGGAACUCGAAUCGGCGCCCUAAUGCAGGCAUCAGCUACUAUCGUGAUCGGCAUCACGCUGUCCAUGUUCUUCACGUGGCAAAUGACGCUGGUCUCGCUGGUAUCGGUGCCGAUGGUGAUCGGAGCCGUGGUGCUCGAGGGCAGGGUACUGGCGCAGGGCAUCGCUGACGUCAGAGAAGCUUCUGAUAGAGCUACCACCAUAGCCACUGAAGCGAUUACUAAUAUCAGGACUGUUUGCGCUUUUUGCGGUGAGGAAGGAGUCGUGGCGCGGUACCAGGAGGCCGGUGCGCACGCGCAGGAGACCGCCCAGCGCAGCAUCCGCUGGCGCGGCAGCGUGUUCUCGUUCGGGCAGACAGCGCCGGUGGCGGGCUACGCGCUCUCGCUGUGGUACGGCGGCGUGCUCGUCGCGGACCAGGAGAUACCUUACAAAUCUGUCAUUAAAGUAUCAGAAGCGUUGAUAUUCGGCGCGUGGAUGAUGGGUCAAGCUCUCGCGUUCGCUCCCAACUUCGGUGCGGCGGUGAGCGCGGCGGGACGAGUGAUGACACUGCUGCAGAGGAAGCCGCUCGUACAGAGCACCCUCGCGCCCGCACUGCCUGAGAACUACGUCGCGAACGGCAAGAUCCAGUACAAGAACAUACGGUUCAGAUACCCGACGCGGCGCGAGGUGGAGGUGUUGUGCGGGCUGUCCUUCACGAUGCCGAGCGGCAAGCGCGUGGCGCUCGUGGGCCCGAGCGGCUGCGGCAAGUCCACGCUCAUACAGCUGCUGCAGCGGCUGUACGACCCUGACGAGGGGACUGUGUACCUAGACGACCACUGCAUCUCCAGUGACAUGCGACUGACCACACUGCGUCGGAACCUCGGCAUCGUGUCACAGGAGCCGGUGCUGUUCGACCGCACCAUCGCGGAGAACAUCGCGUACGGAGACAACACGCGCAUCGUGCCCAUUGAAGAGAUCGUCAACGCGGCGAAGGAGGCUAAUGUCCACUCGUUUAUUGCUGCUUUGCCUGAUGGCUAUGAGACGCGUAUAGGUCUCCGCGCGUCGCAACUGUCCGGCGGUCAGAAGCAGAGGAUUGCGAUAGCCCGAGCUCUCGUGAGGAACCCUCGAGUCCUGUUGCUGGAUGAGGCGACAUCAGCCCUCGACACUCACAGCGAAAAGGUGGUACAAGAAGCCCUCGACAAAGCUAGCGAGGGUCGAACAUGCCUGAUCAUCGCACACCGUCUCGCCACUAUCCAGAACGCGGACAUCAUCUGCGUGAUCGACAAGGAGACUGUGGCUGAGGCAGGCACGCACAAGGAGCUGAUAGCUCUAAAGGGCAUCUACGCCAAGUUAUACGAACUACAAUGCGGAUUCGUGGAAGAGAGUGAAGAAAACCUGCAGAAUGUUGCGGCUUAGUUGCAAUUCAUGUAUUUUUAUUUUUUUAUAAUUUGUCUAAAAUGUGAACAAACAUUUAACUAAAUAUGUUAUAAGCAGCUUCAGUAUUACAUCAAUGACAGCUAUCAUUCUGUAAUAUGUCUCGAAUUUUAGAUAUAUCAUAAAAAAAAUAACACACAAGUCAGAUUACAUUUUAGACAACUUGUUUAAAUAUAAAUAUAGUAAGAAGAGUCAAACGGAAUUUAGAUUGACAAUACGCAUUUACAUAUUCGUAUUGCCCGUCGGCGAUAUUUGCGUACCUUGUGACGUCACGCGAAGGUUUUUAUGGCGUAAGUUAUUUUAUAAUUAAAUCAAUACAUUUAUCAUAAUAUUCAAUACCGCACCACGCCCACUCAGUUUCAGACGGAUUGUCGCCUUUCAACGAAAGUAUAGGCUUGGGAAGCCUGAUCUACUCUCCAAAAUGUAACGGGAAUUAGUAAAUUUUAUUUAUUGUUUACUUGAAUUAGGUUUUCUGUACGACGUGUACCACCACAUCAAACAGGCCCACAUACUGAAGAAUUUUAUUAUACCGCAACUUUACCUACCUUUAUUACAAAAGUGAAUUGUCAACAUGAGCGGCAGGCAAGGACAAUCAGCUUAUAUCUAAGACCCUCAGAUAUUACCGACGGGUUAGUAAUGUCAUCAAUUUAUAAACGUUAAUAUAUUUAUAGGCAAAUGCUCUCUAUCAAAGAAUGUGAAUAUCUAGUUUUCUAAACUUACAAGAUAUCGCUUAGUAGACGUUUUUUUACCCAACAAUUGCUUUUAUCGGAUUCUAUAAAUAAUAAUAUUCUUAGGAUACAUCUUCAUUUGUAAGUUUUACUUGCUUAAGUUACUUACGUAAGUUGUAAAUAAGCUGUGUAUCGCGAAAAAUAAGUAACUCUGUGUGCUAGUAUAACCAGCUUACGCAAUAAUUCACAUACGUAAAUUGUUCGUAAGUAACUUACGCUAGUAAAACUUACAAAUUUAAUGCCCGUUAAAAUUUCACAAUUUCGUGGUAAAAUUAGAUAUAUUUUAAAUCCCGGCCCUUUACAAUAUAAUGCCCUUAGUAAAAUACGUCCAACACCUUCCGACAUUCUUCCCCCUUUCCAAACAUUCCCCCUAAAAAGACAUUAGAUAACCUUGAGAUAGUAAAUAGGUGAUAAACACCCUAGAUUUAAAUAUUCUACCGAUUAUUACCUACCAUGAUUUUGUGUUGUAUUAUGUAUUUUUUAAAUCCUUCCCUACACUGCAAAUCCAAAUACUUAAUGAACACUAAAAUAUAUAAUGGAAUUAACGUAAAACUAUUCAAAAUGAAUAAUUUUGGGAUAUUAAUAUAACUUGUGACGUCAGGAACAUGAUCAAACAAUAGUUAUUACUGCUAUGUGCCGAGAAUUGUCUUCAAUUGCAUUGAUUGUACUUCCAAUAUAGGUUUAUUAAUGAACAGGACCGUAGCCAGAUUUCGUGUAGGACACAUUUGAAUAAAUUAUUAUUUAUCUAAUUAGUAAUUAAAUAAGUAGGUACCUUAUAUAUUAUGAAGGACAGAUGUAUUAUACGACUAAAUUUGUUGAAUUAUACUCGUAUUGUGUUAUAACUAUGCACUGAGCAAAAAAGUUUUUAUUUCUUUGAAACAUAAUAUGCUGCUUUGAGAUUAGUAAAUGUGAUAUAAAUGUCAUUCUAUGGAGUAUAAUAUAGGUACAAGAUGUCGUUAUUUUAAUACCUAUUUUUGUGUUUCAUAUUCUCCUAUUUUACCCACAGUGUUAGUUAAUCUGGGAGGUCCCUACAUCGCUUUUCUUGGCUCCGGCCCUGUUCACAAAGUAGAAUCAAUUAAUUCCUAGUUUGAUAACGUUAUGUACUUGUGUACAUUUGCCUUGGAUGCGCAUUGAUGUGCCUUCAUGAUGUCUUCUUAUCGCUGUAGAAUUUACCAAAGAUGUAUUAUGAAUAAUUAUAUAUAUUUUUUUAUUUAUUGUCCCUCGGGUCAUAUAUAAUGUCUACUGCUUGAAUAAUUAUGGGUACAAAAGACUCGCUUAUAAUGCUAACGCUGUAUGAAACUGUAUAAAAUGGGGCUAUCUUACAGUUUUGUUUUGAUCUUAGCCAAGAUAUUUAUGCGUACUUAUUGGUCAAUACGUCAUUUUUAUGUAAAAAAACUUUUUUUUUUGUUUGUUUCUCAUUUGACUUGGCUAUGGACCGAUUUAAAUAAUCGAUUCCAAUUUUAAACUUUGAUCGGAUCUCGAAAUUUAACCAAUCAAAAUAAGUUAUUUGUAUGUCAAGAAAGCUUCACUCUGAUUGGUCAAUUUUCACGAUCGGUCUGGCAAGCGAUUGGGAUCGUGGAUAGAAAUCGGCGGUUGUUCAUAUAAUACACCUACAUAGUACAUGGCGGUCUUACUUUUAAAGUAACGGUUAACUAUGCUUCCGUAUUGCGGUAUUUAACGUAGCAUUUUAGUAGGCUUUAACGAAGAUAUAAGGCAGCGUUCAAGUACACAGUAUAUUAGCUUCGACAAUGUUAUAUUAGAUGUCAAUAAUCUAUUAUUUUUGAAUGUCUUAGCAGCAGGGUUUCUCAAAGUGGGGUACGCAAGCCCCUAGGAGUGUACCAUUGGACGAUAGGAGGUUUGUUACAAGAUAUAUGUAAAGGUGGCUUGAUGACUGGCAAACACGUGCGGGACCCAUGGGCGCGACUAUUUAUUUCAUAGUAGAAGGGGGGGGGGGGGGGGUGAUCAGUUUAAGGGGUUAGCUGUCAUUUCAAAAAUUUACCAGGGGUUCGUGAAGCCAAAAGUUUGAGACACCCUGUCAUAUAGUAUAUCAGAUAAUGUUAUUAACAUGACCGACGUUAUCGGUCCGACAAAUCGGGUUCUAUAAAAGACGUACGACCAACAAGGCGUGUAAGGAAGUGCCAUCGACUAUUUCGAACUGAAAUUACAGUACUCGGCAGUAAAUAUCAUACGUAGGGCUAUAAAAAAAUCAAUAAUCGGGUUUAGAAAAAAAAGCUCUCAUUUACUUAGCAACUGUUUAUUACUAACAUGUCUACUUUUUCUAUACCUCGAUGUGUACAAUUUGCUGCCGAGUACUAUUACCCGUUUGUAACAGUUUGGUGUACUUGAAUGCUUCCUAUUGGUAUAUUGUGCUCAAUGACAUUAGUUUGUGAUAAUAAAAACGAUAUUUUUGUACUAUAAAUAUCAUGUCAUGUUUUUCUAAUUAAAUAUUUGUAAAUGUAUUAAGUGUCGAAAUAAAUUAUGAGCAUUAUGUGUUUAUUUAUU